CGUGAUUUAUAAGUAAGUGUUAAACAGAACAGUGUGACCAGUAAAUGGACACAAAUCAUCAUCGAGUAUUACGGGCUAACCAUCAAUUACUUAUUAACAGCAUAGAAUUAUCAAACACAGAUGUAUUAGACAUCCUUCAGGAAGACGAAAUCAUAAGCUCUGGGGAAUGUGAGGAAAUCCUAUCCAAUAAAACUAAGCGAGAACAAAACGCGAAGCUACUCUAUAUUCUAAAAAGGAGGAGUUGCAAAGACGGAGACCCUUAUCCAUCACUUUUGAGAGCACUUUCGAAUGACUAUGGUUUCAUUUGUAAGGUAUUACAAAAAGAGGACGAAUCAAUACAGCGGAGUUGUGUGGUACAAGAUGUUAGUGAUAAUUUCACCUGCUUUCACUGCAAAUUAUUAAAGAAUCUAAGACCUAAGGAUAUAACACAUCAGUUGUUUGAAGAUGAAGUUUUAUCCGACGACGAUUUGGAUACAAUAAAUUCAGACACUACUUGUCGCAAGCAAGGGGUGAAAAAACUAUUUGAAGUUUUAGGUAAAUCCAGAUUACCUCAAAGUGAAGUUGUAACAUGUUUUGUUGCAAGUUUGAGGAACAAAUAUAAUUACAUUGUCACACAACACACGGUAAAUGAAAAUACUUUAUACUCUUGCCAUUGCGAACAUUAUGUUAGACCUUCAUUAGAAACCUCUUGCACUGAUCGUUGUGCUAAUAAAAUCAGCAAAUUAAAAUAUCACUCUGAGGAUGACAUUUCUGCAAAAACAGGGCUGAUUGCCAAUCAGAAAAAUUUUGAAACUGACGAUGAAGAUGAUACUCAUUGUAGAGGAAUACGUGUACGCUCAUCGACAUCAAAGAUUCGUAAAGAAAAAACAGUUUCUUCAAACGAAAUUCAAAACUUAGCCCUCGUGAAAGAUGUACCGAAAUCCCUUCCAAACAACAAGAAGAUGUUUCGUCUUUGCUCAAAGCUCUGGGAUAAGUUAUUCACUUUACGCGAAAAAGGAGACUGGGAUCUAUUUCACAGCGUAACCAAGGCAGCAAGACAAAAGUACAUCGAUAAUACUGACAUUCAAGUUCUUCUAUAUCGAAGCGAUAUGUGCAUAUCCACCUUCUAUAAUGACAAUCGCAGAGAUGCCAUGGAAAGUUUUGAUCAAGCUACCAAUCUGAUUUCUUCCACAUCAAUGCCAGUUUGGCACCUAGCUAGACUUUUACCACUCAAAGUUGAACUAUUCACACGUUCAAAGCAAUUUGACAAGGCAUCUUCACUAUUGAAAGAAGCACACCAAUCGAUGAGUAACUUGGUCCCUUGUCUUUCUACCGGCGCCGUGUAUUUCUUUGAGGCUAAUUAUCUUGGAGCCAUUCUUCGGUGCACACAAAAUGGAACAAGAUCGCUUUCUAUUAGAGAAAGAGCAAAAUACUGCUUUUUGACAGCAAUAAAACAUUACGAACAAGAGAAAAUCUUCAAGAUAAAAUCGUUCUUAAACCAAGUUUAUCUUUUUCUUGCGUUAUUUGUUCUCGGUGUUGAUGUAAGACAAAUCGAAUACAUGUCUGUGUACAAUGUUUCAAAUGAAGAUAUCAGUUUGGCAGAGUUUUAUUUAAACUUGUUUGAAAACAGUUGUUGGGAUGAAUCUACUAACUGGUCAAGGAUGCUGUUUUACAUCGCCCGGUCAGAACAGCAUAAACAAAGACAAAAUCUACAGAGGUCAUUGGAUUAUCUUCACGAUGCUCUAACCUGCGCAGUCAAAGGCGACUAUCUGAAACAGAAAGAGUUCUUACAAUGUAAUAUCACUCUUGCCGAAAAGAGCAUAGAUGAGAAACAAAGACUUCAAGCAAUUACACAACGCGAACAAACUGUGAAUGAAAUAUUGGCGAAUCUAGAGGAAAGUUCUAGCGAUUCCUGUUAGUUUUGUUCCAUUUUUCAUUUUAACCGCUUAAUAAUUUUAAUUUAUUCUAUAAUCUAUCAGACUUAUAUGACAACUUUUUUAUUUGUCUGAAUAUACGUAGUACUUAGUGCGUUACUAAUUCGUGUUUGAAAUGUGGCUUACAACUAGAAUUUAAAUCAAUACAUUUAGUACGGACUGAAGUUCAAACAAUAAGUGUUGAAUGUUUUGUGGGUUUAAGCAGAUCGAUGCAGUUAUUUUUGCUAGGUUGGACGCAGUCUAAAACCGGCUUAUAGUAUGGUAUGGUUUAGCUUCUAACCUGAUCGAUGCAACUUCACAGAAAGAGAUAACGUAUGUUGAAGUUGCGCACAUGCUAUUAUGGAAUUGUUUGAGAACUUUUCUCCUAUUUUCCAAUUUUCCUAGGCUUUGGAGCGUAGUAAUUUUUCAGUAAAAUUUAUAAAGAUGGUAUCAGUUUUGUUUUGUGUAAUCAACUCCUACUGCGAUUUUCAAACAAGAUCCCUGUAUUUUUACAGAAGAAUUGCACACCUGUGGAAGUUGUGCACCUGCUACUAGGUAUUGUAUAAUAAUUUUGUUCCCAUUUUUUAAGACUUGAGAACUUAGUGAUUUGUAAGCACAAUUUACAAAAGACAGUACCUACCUUGUGUAAUCAAUUCAUCCUACAGUUUUUUAUUCGGAUGUUUCGCAAAAGGAUUGAACACAUGAGGAAGUUGUGCUCAUUCUAUUUUGGAAUUGUUUGGGGAAUUUUACUCCUUUUCUCAGACUUUACAAUAUUUGUUUUCACUGCAGAUCUUUGGAACUUCAAAAAGUGUUUGCACCUACCAUUAUGUAGUUAUGUAAAGAUUUAUUCCGUUUCCCAUUAUAUAAUUCCAUAUA